AUGGAAGAACCCACGGUAGAUACAACAACGGCUGCUGAUGUUGAGGAACUACUCCCUACUAGAUUUGAAGUAGAGUUAGAGUUUGUUCAGUCAUUGGCUAAUAUACCUUAUGUAACGUACUUGUUAACACAAAAUACUUCAAAGAACCAGCAAGGUACACAAAUCUAUAAGGAUCCUAAAUUUAAAAACUAUUUAAAGUAUUUAGAGUACUGGUGUGAGCCUCCAUAUUCACAAUGUAUAGUUUAUCCCAAUGCGUUGUUCGUAUUGAAAUUAAUCAAUGGAUUUAUGGAUAAGGCUGUAGUUAACGAAGAUGGCAUACUUGAAGGUGUUGAUGAGUUACCAAGAGUAUUGCAAUUGCAAGGUGCACAAUGGAUGAAUGAGAUGGUUGAGAGGUGGGAAACUUGA